AUACAGGCUCAUAGCAUAACAUUUUCCACCCAAACGAAGCACUGAAAGAAUAUCAUUGUAUUUUCUAAUUUUUUUUAUAUCUUUUAUAGAAAUGAAAAUCGAAAAUUGAUGAGCCGGCGAAGCGAUGGGAGGCAUACAAAAUCACCUUCUCCGACUAAUUCUAUCUUGCCGGAAAAUAACAGCUCAGGUGACGAACCCUAGCAGCGAAUCAAUCGUGGCCAUGGCUUGUUCUUCGGAGCUUCAAUUCGCGCAACACUAUCGCUGUCAACUUAAUCGGCACCCUAGACGUCAUCACUACUGGGACGCCAAAGUCGCGGCGCGUAUCGGCGACAAUCUAGCCGCCCGGCUUAAACUUAUCGGCGUCUCCGACGUGUGUAUCGACGUUGAUGAAGAGCUUCGUCGCCCAUUGCAUCAGCGCAAGAUGGUGGUUCCCUUUUUUCAGUCUGUUGAGCGGGCCGGAGUUCACGUUGACGGCGCUCGCCUAUUAGGCUCUUGAGCAUUCAGGUCUUGUCUUUCGGGUUCAAAUUAGGGUCCGGAUUCCUGACAAUCGAUAUUUAGUCGCUCGUUUUGGGUCUUUUGUUUGUCGAACAAUCUCCCUUUAAAUUAUACUAUCAUUUUGUUUUAAAGCAA